UUAUAACGUACCGGACCCUUGUGCGCCGGUCACGGAUGGCCCCUACUGGCGAGGCUACGGUAGGCCGCGGAGGUAUGGCGCACGCUUCGAUCAGAAAAGACACACCGAGGGGAAUACUCGGGUGGCCGUUGAAUUAGCUGGGAGUUUGAAAUUCUGCUCUUUCGUAUUUUAAUAUCAGUCACAGGUUAAAGUGAAACGAAAAUGGGCAACGAAAAACGAAAACUGUAUUGUUUCUGUCGUAGAAAGGAAUUUGGAUUCAUGAUAUUAUGUGAUAAAUGUUAUAAAUGGUUUCAUGGCAAAUGCUGUGAUGUUACUAAAAAGCAAGCAGAGAAACUUCCUUUCUGGUACUGUAUUAUCUGCUGCAACCUUGUAAAAUUAGAGGAAUAUGUCAGUCAGGUGGAAACCAAUUUAAAGGAUAGUUUAGCUGCAGUAAAAGCUGAUAUAAACCGCUUGAAAAAGGAAAAUUCGGAGCUUAGCACAAGUCAAGCAGAAUUAGAGGAAGUUAAAGAUUUAGUGAAGCACCUGAGAGAGGAAAAUUCAGAUCUUAAAGCCAAUUGUGAAAAGAAAACUCACGAAAUUGAAAAUUUAUUGUCUCAAGUAAGCCAGUUGACAGAGGAGAAUUUAACACUUAAAUCAUCUUGUCAGAGGGUACGAGAAGAUGAAGAUUUAGGAAGGUACUUUGGAGAGGAGAACUUGAAGCUUAAAGCAGACAGUGAAAAGAUUGCUCAAGAAAAUAAAGCUUUACUUUCCCAAGUAAACCACUUGACUGAGGAAAAUUUAGAACUGAAAACAAACUUCCAGAAGGUUCAAGAGAGUACUGAUUUGGUUAAGCAGUUGAGAGAGGAAAAUUUCACGAUGAAAGAAGACAGUAGGAAGAAGGCACAAGAAAUCAAAGCUUUGGUUUCUGAAGUUGAAAAGCUAAAG